AUGAACUCGGAUGUGAAGGACGGUGCAGAGUCGGGGUGGGCGGAGCGGAGGGCUCUAUCCUCUGUCGUUGACCCCCCGGUGCGGCCAGACUACCGGCCUACAUUUGAUCCGCACGUCUCUAGUUCCUCGACAACGUCACUUACUGCCAAGGCCGAUGCCGAUGUGCUCGCCGCAGUCUACGCCAAAUCCGCUGCGGCUAUUGCACCGCGCAUAGCUGCUUCAGAGGUCCGCACGUCUCGUGCUUCGUCCCCAGCUUCGCCUGCCCCAGUCAGCUCUGCUGUCUCGUCUGCAACAGCUGCCAGUUCUGACGUACACACCGCUACCUUUCAUCACGAACAUGUUCUUCCGGUGCCCUUGGAACAAUCAGUAAACCCACCUCAUUACAAAGCUCGAAAGCAUCGAAAGCAGAACCCGACUGAAGCAAACCGGCACGGCGUUUUAUUUCCGCAUGAAACCGAGCAUGAGGUAUCUAGGAAAAAUGACUCUUCCUUCCUCAAUCCGCACGCAGAGCCUGUUCAAUUUGCCCGCUGGUUGAAAGAUACUCUCAAGGACCUACUUGCAAGGGAUCACCCAGUGGUCACGGGGCAUAUCCGUCAUCUAUUUUCUAUCAUGGAUUUUGACCAGUACGCCAACUUUGCGUUGCGGCCAACCAUGACUUACGUCAACUUGAAGCGAGCGUGCAAUAUCGAGGCUGUGAUGAUUACGAUUUGCGGCAAGGAGGCCGAACUCCCGUGUUCGUCGUGCCGUUCAAAGUGCGGUCCGUUUACAAAGUGCAUGGUUAUUUCCAUUAUAGGCAACGGAAACUGCUCAAAUUGCCGCUAUAACGGCCAGGGCAGCCGCUGCAGCCUGUACGAAAUGCGCCUCUAA